UUCGCGGGGAAAUACAAGAUGGCUCCAAUCGAGCUGAAGUAUGUCGUCUCUUUUAGUUCUCAGGAUACUGUACACAAAGCUGACAAUUUGCUGAGCAAUGGGUCAAGUUGGAGAAAGUGGUUGUGCGCAAAAGAUGACAGGAGUGGUCACCUAGAGGCAGAAUUUGAAUUAAACAAAGUCACAAAAAUUGGAUAUAUUGAUGUUGGUAAUGGUGGUAGUGCAUUCGUUGAAAUUCUUGUUGGUAGAUCGUCAUGGCCACGAAAUAAAGAUUAUUUGUGUCUAUUACCCGCUACAUCUCUUAUGACGAUAAUAGACAGUAAACAAGGCAAGAAUAGAGUGAAUGUCAGGAUGUUUGAUAAAGAUCACCUCAAUAUGGACGCUUUGUCCGAACAAUGGGAUAGGAUUCGAGUGAUCUGUCGUCAGCCGUACAGGAAAGAUGUGCAGUACGGGUUAGCGUUUUUACGAUUGCGUACACCAGACGAAAUCAAUAACAACACUACGGUGUCUUUGUCACCUGUUAAUGCUAAGCAAUCUCCAGCUAGGCUAUCUGGAUCUGGCACAAAGAAGAAUUUAAUGACAUCUCCAGCAUGGAAAACUGAUAGUAAAUUUUAUUCCAGAAUUUUACCUGACCAUAGCGAAAAUGAAGGGGAUUCUGAAGUGAAAGCCAAGUUAUUGAAAAUGUCUGCAACAUCAGAAAUAGGAACAGAACACGGCAAUAUACUCAGUAGAAGUCAUAAAAUGGUGAUGGCGGCUGCUGCAACUCCAAAUAUUAAAACGACGAUGAAACGUACAUGUGGCGAGAUUAAUGAUGGAGCAUUAGACAACUCGACAAAGAAGAUAAAACAACCGCAACGAAUUGUUAACGGUAUUCUACACAAACCUGGUGUCUCCCCCAGUGGUGGUUCAAGAAGACGGCAAGAAGGAAUGAGCUUUGAAAUGCAAGUUAACACUUAUUUGAAGAAUAUUGAUUUUUCCACGAUGGACUUUGAUAAUAUUACUUAUGCAGAUUUGCGUCGUCGGUAUGAAGAUAAAGCUCAACGUAAAUUCAAUAAAGAAGAAAAAAAAAUAUUCAUGGCCCUUGCUCAAGAGUUUGUGAUUAAUGCCAUGGAAACCAGAGACGAAAUUGAACCCAGUAACAAUACAGCUAGGAUAGAUUCUAACUUUAUGAUGAGUGACAUUGCCUCCAGAACACCGGAAAGAAAUGCCAGUACAAGUAAUGCUAGCACUUCUUCUUGUACACCUGUGAGAAAUUACAGCUGCCAUAGCACACCAACAAGACGUUACCUAACACCUGAAAGAAUUGGCCGUGCUAUCGGGACAUCAUUAAGAAACUCUUUCAGUACAACAGCAAGGAAUUACUGUUAUUCUGAUUCACUGACAGAAAAUACUUCCAAGACAACAAUGAGUAAUGACAGCCCUUCCAAAACACCAGAUAAGAAUGGACUCUCGUCUCGCACACCCAGCACAUUCAGAACGCAAUCAAAUAACACCAACAUCACUUGUAGGACACCAGCCUCCAACAAAGAAACCAAUCUGAAAUCGCCUGUCACUAGCAAGAUGUCAACAGAUGCAAUGUCAUUGUGGGAUACAAAUAAUAAUACCAGCACUCCAAAAGCAAGGGGGCGUGGCAGGGGUAGAGGUAGAGGAAGGGGGCGUGGCAAACAGAAUAGCUCAUCAGUUCCAUCCCCUAAACCAAACAAUACUAGUAGAGGUGGUAGGGGAAGGGGCAGAGGAAGAGGAGGCAAUAAAGAAAAACAAAAUCAAGCAUUCUCAGGUAUUGAUUUAACUACUGAUGAUUGCUGUUCGUCUGUAUUAACCGAUAGCUCGACUACAGACGACGUGUCAUGCCCGCUAUGCCAAGGUCUGUACUCUACAAACUUAAUAGAAGCCCACGCCGCCAUGUGUAUUGGUUCUCAGCCUACCUUGGACAUGAAUGACAAUCGUGGUGUUUCGACUGCUAGACAGUCAAAUACUGGAGGCAAUGUUUCUACUGUGGAUCUUGUACCAUGCCCGUUAUGUCAACAGAAAUUCCCAAUCUAUGACAUAGAAAGUCACAGUGACAUGUGUGCUGAUAGGAAUAUGUAUGUGCUCAAUGCCGAGUCGUGGAGUGUUCGACCCCCUACGUCGAUUACAGUGCCGUGGUAGGCAUAUUUACGUGCUCAAUCCCGAGUCGUGGAGUGUUCGACCUCCUACAUCGAUUACAGUGCCGUGGUAGGGAUAUUUAUGUGCUCAAUGACGAGUCGUGGAGUACUCGACCCCCUACGUUAAUUACAGUGCCGUGGUAGGGUUAUUUACGUGCUCAAUCGCGAGUCGUUGAGUGUUCGACCUCCUACGUCGAUUACAGUGCCGUGGUAGGGAUAUUUAUGUUCUCAAUGACGAGUCGUGGAGUGCUCAACCUCCUAUGUCCAUUACAGUGCCGUGGUAGGAACUCGUACGCAUUGGUCUUAAAAUCUCAUAUCAUGAUAGAACUGACUAUCCAUUGCCGAAUGAGAUAACCGUUUCUGUUCUAUUUCAUUUAUUUAAGUUAUUUCAUAUUUUUAAAUUAAUGUUCAUUUGUUUUAUCUUGUAUAUUCUAAACUUUUAUCUAUUUUUCACUCCAUACUGCAGUCAAACCUGUUAAUACUGACCACCCAAAUUACUAGAAAAAAUGUCCGUUAUAGACAAGAGGUCUUUAUAUGAAGGCUAAUUAAAUAUUUGAUUUAUGAAUAUGAAUACUGUGGAGACUAGUGUGAAACACAAAACACCAUCUAUCAUUUUGGCCUACAAAGGUUUAUUUGAACAAAUAGGCCGGUCACUGGUUCAAGACUGCAGGUGGUCAU